AUGUUCAAUUCAUUUAAAAAUCUAUCAUUGUUUUCAAGUACAGUCACUCCUGUGAAUCAGUCACAACAGAGUACAGAUGAGUUGCUGAGCGCAAACAGUGAAGAUGUUGACAAUCAAUCUCAAUCUCAAUCUACUGACUCAACGACCAACAACAACAACAACAACAACAAUGAUAAUAAUAAUAAUACUUUAAAUAAAUUAACAAAUGUUGUUUCGAAUUCAGGUGAUACAUUUAAGAUGUUAGGCUCUAAAUUCUCAAUGUGGACAUCGAAUGUAAUUACAAAGAUAGAUGAAGAGCGAAAGAAACUCAUGGAGGAAUCAGAGCAAAAGGAAAAGAUGAGUCGUGUACUCAAAGAGCGAUUACCACCAUGGAUGGAUUUCAAAUUAACCGAUAAAGUACUACAUAAAGAAGCUGUAGAUAAAAUAUUAGAUAUUAAAAUGAGUAAAAAGACAUUCUUACAAUCACCACCGAUCGACUCUGACUAUUGUCAAGAGUUUGAUGACUUUCUCAUUCAGAUAGCAACGGCAUCUUUGAAAUACGAUAAGCAACUUGAAAAGAUUAGAUUUAUUAUGGUACCAAGAUUAGUAACUUUGAUAAGAAAGGAAUUCAAUAUUAUUGAUGGUCUCAAUGAUAGAGUUGUAAAGAGUACUGCAAUUCAAGAGGAUGAUAGUGAAUUAACAACAACAACAACUGUAGAUAAUAAUAAUAGUAAUAAUAAUAGCGCAACAACAACAACAACAACAACAUCAACAUCAACAACGAAAAUUACAAAACAAAAUAGUGAAAAUGAUAUAAGUAACUGGGAGAAAGAAUUACUUAGCGAAUUAGAUGGUUUUAACAAUGAAGAGUUGGUAGUGGAUCUAUCGAUGAACAAUGAUUUAUUAGAUGAUUUAGAUAAUGAUAAUAAUAAUGAUAAUAAUCUUAAUGUAAAUAGCAAACAGCAACAACAACUGGAUGAAGAUAGUGAUUCAAUAGAUUCCGAUACAAUUAUAGAUGAAGAACUAAAGAGAGAGGCAGAGCUUUUGAAAUUGACACCACCUACAAUAGAUUCAGAUGAUGAAUUGAUGAAAGAAAUAGAAUCAGAGAUAUCAUAA